CCAACACAGAGGCGCACUUGUCACGCCCACAAGAGCAGGGCCGAGCGCCGAUGACCAAUCGACAGCCAAUAGCACCACUAUUUGAACCGACUUCUCCUAGAAGUCGACGCGAAGUAUUGUUGCCAUUUCCGAAUGCGCCUUACUGAGCAAUCUUUCUGUCUCCUGUCUCCCCGGUUUGUCCUGCCUGCCCGUCCUGCCUGGUCCCGUUCACCCCUUCCCGUCGGAUCCUCGUCUUGUCAGUCUUUGUAGGAUUGUUCUCUCUGGUACUCAACCCACGCCUGUGACUCGACCUCGAUUUUGGAUUCCCCUCCUGCUUUUGGUUUUCUAAUAAACUUCCUCUAUCAUCGCUGUUUAUUACAGCACUAAUAUUUGGAUGUUAAGAAAUUUCUUCAAAAUCAACCCAGAGAGAGGGUCAAUGGUAAGCAAAAAAAAAAGGUGAAUAGCAAGAAGACCGGAAAGUUAGUCCAGAAGAAGUCUGUUGCCAUCAAUCCACAUGUUUUGUUCACUAAUUAGAAAGCUCACUGAGUUUGAAUGGGACUUCAUAUAAGGGAUUCUGCCAAACGUGACCACCUGGAAUGAUGGAAUAUGAGGAAGUUUUUUUUAUUUUUUAUUUUUUAAAGAAUUCUACCUGCUUGAUGUUAAUUUGUUUAUUCCUUAAUUAUUUCAACAAUUAGUUUUGAAUUUUUGAAAAUCACAAUUAAAAAGAUUUUAAAAUUACAUGAUGGUGAAACAUUGGAAAUGUAAGGAUUGUUGAACAUUUUCCAUUAACAUCUUUUUACAAAAAUAACAUUUUUUAGAAAUAUGUUAUUUCUAAAAACUUACAGUAAAGACUUAUACAGAACAUAUUUGUGGUUUCAGUGUAUUUUCUGUAUGUGUAUCAAAAGUUUAAUUAUAGCGUAUAACAAGUCAGUUAAAUCAGUCAUUGUCUACCUGGAAGCUGGAAGGCAUAAGCUAUACUGUAGGUUAGAUGGCAUGCAUGCAUUGUUUCAUUAAUAUGCCUUAACAUAAGAAAACUACAGUAAAUAUAAACUGUACAUAAAGGCAUACAAACUUUUACAAAAAAAAGUACAAUUGUACUCUAGUAUUACAUUAAUUCACAUACUGUACAUAUACAGUAUUGUUGUAUUGAGAUGUUACAGUAAAUUACAUUAAAACUGAAUAUAGUAAUGAACCGUAAAUUACAUGUACAGGAAAAAAAAUACAUGUUUCUGUAGUUUUACAAUAAUUUACAGUAGUUUAGGUAUACUGUGAUUAAAGAUAUUACUGAUAAAAUAAACUGUAAAAUAAAUAUACAGUGGCCUACUGUAAAAUUUACAGUACUGUACUGGCGUCUGUGCUGCCAGUAAUUUACUUUAAAAUAUACGGCAACAUUUUUUACAGUGUAGGAAAUUUCAAACCAUAAACAACCGUUGCUGAGGAGUUACCGCUGGGAGCGUUGUAUAGUAGCAGAACUAAUUUUCUUGUUACCCUGGAGACACGAAAACUAACCGUCUAUAAGCAGAAAGCCCGAAAAACCAAGGAGAACGAAACAGCAAUGUUGAAGAUUACUUUCGAACAGUGUAUAACGUUCAUCUGACAGCGAUGAUGCCGGUAACGGAUCUUAAGACGAGAGCUACGCGUAAGAUGGAGAAGUUAAGCGAAAUCGAGGUGGUGGAAAAAGCGCUGUCUGAGCAGAGAAAGGUUUUCAGACUUUUCAACUUUCCGGAGUUUAAGAAGAGGAUGAAGAGCUUGUGCAAAGAGCGUACAAAUGAUGACAAAGAUGAACAACUGAAGGAAUCCCUCUUCAAAUUCAACAAGUUUCUCAAAGAGAAUAACUUGAAGUUUGCUCGGGCUGUGAAGAAGGCUUAUGAAGAGAAAGAACUGACAAAGCAGAAGGAGGCUGAGAUCGAGUGCUUGGAACGGGAGAGCAUAGUCUUGCAGAGGAAGAAAAAGCAGCUCCUCCUUAAAGUACAAAGAAAUACCAUCUAUAAGAACUUUCUGGAUCAAGUCACCAAAAAGUCCAAAAAGUUUGGAGAUGUUUGGGAACUGAUUGGCCGCUUUGACACUCUGCUGGCCAAUCGAGAGCAGCUGCUGCUGAAAGAGAACGAGGGGCAGGAACUUGCAGAGACCCAGCGCCGGCAGCAUCGCUACUUCAUAGAAGAAUGGAGUAAUCACAUUUUGCAGUGUAACAACCAGCUGUCAAGCUUGCAAACACAUUUGGACCAAGUCCGCUCUCUAGCCUUUAAGUGGGUAUGCCUUACAUUAUUAUUACCUGGUCAGUGACAGUCCCUAGUUCUGGAACUAUUAUUGUGUUCCAUAGGGCCAAAGGGUUUUAGCACUGGUCUUCCUUCGCUAACAUAAGAACACUGUGCUUUUUGAUGAUAGCUCAAAAACCGAUAAACGGAUAUUUUUCAAACUUUGCAGAAUCAAUUGUAUGGGUGAGGCUGGAUAGAUGAAGAUCUACAUCUGGUUUCAUUUUCAGAAAUAUUGCCCUAAAAUUGAAGCAGCAGUGCUGUUUGACAGCAAUGGAAGGAAAUGGCAGCUAUAGAAGACACUAGAUCUUGUGAACACAGUAAUUCAUAAAGUACAGUACGGAUUGAAUGGGAUC